GUCGGCGAACGCCUCCGCUAUCAUCCUCGCGGCGGCCAUGGGCUGCGGCCCGAGCCGCAGCCGGAGCCGGAGCCGGGUCGCGGCCGAGGCUGGGCCUCUGCACCUGACUGGGUCAGGCCUGACCUUCAGCGAACGGCAGCUGCGCAAGCUAAACGAGCGCUUUGCGUGGAUCGAAGACCGCUGCAACGCAGCUCUCAACGAGUACUACUCGGCUAUGAAGCCACAAGGCGGCGGGCCCGGUCUGCAGCAGCUGGACGCCGUCGGCACGAUGGAAGCGGCCGUCGAAAGGCUGGUGCAGCGCGUGAUCGCCACGGUGGGCGCGCGCGAUCCCCGCUUCGCCUCUUGCUUCCUGCUCAGCGUCGGCAGCUCGUACGAGCACUACAAGGUGAACGAGCCGGACGAGUACGACUACAUGGUGCGGCUGGACGGUCUGUCGUGGCCGCCGCUGUACCCGGGCGACGCCGCUGAGCCGCCCUGCCAGCUGCUCGAGGACAACGGCACUCCAGACGGGUUCGGCCGCCUCCUGCUCUCACCAGACAGCCGGCAACUCUGGGCCGAGUUCGUCGACAGCGAAGGUCUGCUGAAGCGGGACAAGCUACGAGACUGCUUCCUGUCCCUGGUGCGAGAGGCGGUGGCCGAGCCGAUCUCGAACAUGCGGGAUAUCCAGGAGGCAUCACUGUGCGGCUGCUCCGGCAAGAUCGUGGACGUGGGUGUUCUGCACUAUAUCCUGCAGCUGCCCCCCGAACAGCGAAUCUUUCUGGCGAUUGGUAACGCCAGGAGCGAUCUGUUCCCCGACCCGCGCCAGCUGAACAUUACCGUCACCUGCGACGGUCCGUCGGUGAAGCUGGCCGUCGAGUUUCCGGGCGGAGUCGACGGCCGCUCGCCGCCGACGCACGUGUCUGUGGACCUGACGCUGGCCGUCGGACUGCAGGGCUGGCCGGAGCGCGCCGACUUCCCCGCCCGGGUGCCACUUUGCAACAUUGACGCCCUGCUCUUUCAUCGCGCUGCCUGCAAGGGUUUCUACAUGGUGGCGACGGAGCCGCACUGGGGCCAGCCGUGCGCAGAUAGGGCCACCGCCUGGCGCGUGAGCAUGUCCACGUGCGAGAUGGAGCUCAGCACGCACUACUCACACGACUCGGCGCCAGCGGCCGUGCUGCGUGUGCUGAAGAUCAUCUCCUCCCAGCUGAGCCAGCCGGACACGCUGCUAAGCCAUGACCUGCCGCCCACCGAGGUCAAGGACCUCCUCUCUUGCAUCAGCACUUACAUGCUGAAGACCCUGUUUUUCUUCGAGCUGGAGUUGGACGCGCGCGUGGAGCACUGGAGUGUGGCGUCCGUCAGCAGACACGUGCUGCGGAUCCUGGACGCGCUGGAACAGGCACUGCGCUACCGCAACCUGCGCAGCUACUUCUUCCCCGGCCACAACGUGAUGCUUCGCAAGGAGUCGGCGCCGGAGGACUACGGUGUGGACGCCGCCAUCUUGGAGAGGUUUCUGCGCUCGUUGCACGCGACUAGCCUUCGCGACGAGCCGGCCCCCGGGAUGCCAGAGCGACGCUGGGUGCGCGCCCACCGGCGCAAGGUGCGCCAGGAGGAGCGGCUGAUAGCAGCCUGGCUGCAGCUGCUGCACCAGCAGCAGCAGCACCAGCCGCCCGGACAGUUCAGCCCCCAGCAGAUCAGCUACCUGGACGAACUGCUGCAGACGGUGGCGCGGUCUGGUGGCCGGCCGGUGACGCUGACGGACGCCGGUGCUGGCGAUGGUGACGUGAACCUGGUGGCGCCAGCGAUGAGCCUGGCCGGCCGGCUGCUGUUCCCGCACGGUCUGGGCCUGACGCUGCCUCAGACGGAAAACCAGCGGCUCGUCAGCCGCCUCCUGUUGCGGCUGCACCAGACGGCCGCGCUGAACGGCACGCAGCUGGCCGAGGAGCGCUCGCGGCGUGAGAUGACGCAACUGAGGCAGAUGGCGCAGUUCGCCGCCACCGUGUGUACUCAGAUGGGCAGCGCGGGUCCGGAGCUGGAGCUGCGCGCCGAGCAGGGCCAGCAGUGGGCCCAGGAGCUGCUGCUGCUGGCCACGCAGCUGGGCGGCAUUCGUCUGGUGCUGACGCCAGAGCGAGGCCGCACUGUCGGCUGCCUGCUGAGGCCGGCCGGGCAGAGCCCGCGCCCCGUCCGCUCACGCGAUGACGUGGAGACCGAGCUGGAGUUUCUUCUCCAGGAAGCUGAGACUGUCGACAGCAGCAUCCCUCCCGCUCGCACCGUUCACUGCCAGCUGCAGUUUGCGAACCCCAUCAGGUUAUACGUGGACCGCGGACGUCGAUACGGACGGCAGCGGGGCAUCGGUCACAUCGUCCAGUCUAUCAUCCACAUGGGACGCAGUGACAUCCUGACGAAGCUGGCCGCCGGCCUGCCGGCCUCGGAGAGGGCGCUGGCCAUGGCACAGCUGCAACAGUGCCAGCCGCUACCGCCCUGCGUCCGCCGGCCCUCUCUGGUGAACGAGGCAAAAGCCGUACCGAUGAUCGAGGACCGAGCCUCCAAGCCCCGGACGCGUCGUCUCAACGGAGUGACGUCGUCGGAAGGCAAGGUCCGAGCGCAGAGAGCGGUCGGGACGGACGACGACAGGAGCCAGACCGGCAUGAUCUUCGGCCCAGAGGAGGACACAGUCCAGACCCGUCUGGAGUUUGGGCAGGAGGACGUGCCGGGAGGAGUGGCCAAUGGCCGGCUCAAUCCGGCGUUUGCUGAGGACGAGCCGGACCGCGCCAACAGCUGGACCAAAAACGUCCUCUUCGCAGCCGGAUCGUCGAAGGACGCAGAGAGCUCGCAGUUUUCUACGAGGCUUUGAGGAGUUCUUGGAGUGUGCUUCCAUGAGGCCCGUUUGUCCGCUUCGAUAACAUGCAUUUUUGUUUAACGACUAGCAAGUUGUGCGCGCUCGUAGGCUAGACUCAGUUUUUUUGCGACCGCUCCCCGUUUGCAAAAUUCCGCUUACGCCCCUAGCUAGCUAUGCCCACUUUCCCUUGCAGAGCAGCUUUGAUGCCAUAUACCCUUGUGCACGUUAUUGGUGACUGUCGCGUUCGAUGUAUUUAUAUAGGCAUCACAAAUACCCUCCAUGUUUACUUAUUGGGUAUGCAGCUAUGUAGUUCACGGGUCCUUUCAUGAUGUGAAUUCAAUGUUGCUUUGGCACUGACAAUUUUUUCAGAUGUCCUAACUAAUGCCAGGGCUAACUCGAUCUCCGAUUCGGUAUACGAAUAAUGUGGCGAAAUGGUUUGUAUUCGUCAAACAGAAUACAACCACUUAC